CUCGGUCAUAUGAUUUUGUGGAAAAGGGCGAGUCUCGAGUCACAAGUUUGACAGAUCGGUUUCUUGCACGUACGUAUUCAAGUAAAUUUUCAUCGCGAGAUGAAGGGAUGUAUAUUUAACAUCGACGGUGGUUAUCUGGAAGGAUUGUGUCGCGGUUUUAAAUGCGGCAUACUUCAGCAAAGCGAUUAUUUAAACUUGGUUCAAUGCGAAACACUCGAAGAUUUGAAACUACAUUUGGCUGGUACAGACUAUGGUAGCUUUUUGGCUAAUGAACCAUCCCCACUUUCUGUUAGUGUAAUUGAUGACAAAUUGAGGGAAAAACUAGUCGUGGAGUUCCAACAUAUGCGCAAUCAUUCUGUUGAACCUCUAUCUCAGUUUCUGGAUUUCAUCACUUACAGUUACAUGAUUGACAAUAUCAUUUUGUUAAUUACUGGCACCUUGCAUCAACGACCUAUCUCAGAACUGAUUCCUAAGUGUCAUCCACUUGGUAGUUUUGAGCAAAUGGAAGCAAUUCAUGUUGCCGCCACACCUGCCGAGUUAUACAAUGCUGUACUGGUAGAUACACCUCUAGCACCCUUCUUCGUGGAUUGCAUUUCCGAGCAAGAUUUGGAUGAGAUGAAUAUCGAGAUAAUAAGAAAUACGCUUUACAAGGCUUAUCUAGAAGCGUUUUAUAAAUUUUGCAAAGAUCUUGGUGGCACAACUGCAGAUACCAUGUGUGAAAUACUUGCCUUUGAAGCAGAUAGAAGAGCGAUCAUUAUAACCAUCAAUUCAUUUGGCACCGAGUUGGGUAAAGAUGAUCGUGCAAAAUUAUAUCCACGCUGUGGACGUUUGAAUCCAGACGGACUGGCCGCCUUAGCGAGAGCCGAUGACUAUGAACAAGUGAAAGCUGUAGCGGAAUAUUACGCCGAAUACAGCGCCUUAUUUGAAGGAGCAGGUAACAAUCCUGGUGAUAAGACCUUGGAAGACAAGUUCUUUGAACACGAGGUUCGUUUAAACGUUCAUGCUUUCCUUCAACAAUUCCAUUUUGGAGUAUUUUAUAGCUACUUGAAAUUGAAGGAGCAAGAAUGUCGUAAUAUUGUAUGGAUCGCGGAAUGCGUUGCUCAAAAGCAUCGUGCAAAAAUAGAUAAUUAUAUCCCUAUAUUUUAAACUAUGUAACUGCAUAAAUUAAAAUAAUAUCAAUCACUUACAUUUACUUUUCCAAUGGUAAUCUAUUUUUCUUUCGCGUAGUGCAAAAUACGCGGUAAUAGUCAAUUGUUACCAGAAAAGCGCUUAAAAAUUAUAUGUGGAGCGAUAUUAUUACGAAAAAAUUAAUCUUAGAAAAUGAAAUAAAUAUAUGUUACAAGUAGUUAUCUGUCGAAUAUUGAUAAGUAAAAUGCAUGCUUUAGGAAUUAUGAUUUAAAUCGUUAUGAAAUUUCAAGUAAAAUAGCAUAAUUUAUGUGUGUACAUAAUGUAUCUUACUAUCUUCAAUGUAAAUUAAUAACUUUAAUGUAAAUCAUUUUCAUAUAUUAUUGUAAUUAUUAACACAAAGAUGUAUCAUAAAAAAUAAAAAUAUACUGCAUUCCAUGGUAUGAUUAAUAUAA